AGAGGAAGAGAGAGGAGGAGCCAGCCCAAGCUCGCAGAACUGAGAAGUCGAGAGGCAGAUAGGGCUCUUCCUGAGUCGAGCUUUUUCAAUCCACCCAGCUGUGGACUGGACCUGCAGCAUACGCUCCCUCUUCUUAGAGCUUUCAGCCACAUUUUGAGAUGAGUGACCAGGACAGCAGCAGUUCCACCUCACAGACGGAGGGUGAGCUGGAGGAGGAGCCUCAGGAGCCACGACGGAAUGACGGCCCCUCCCCAAACCAGCCCCUCAGCCUGUCCAGCUUCUCAUCGUCACUGCGUGCCGUCAUCCGCAUCAAGCAGAAGUACCAGGCCAUGAAGAAGCGCCGCCAGGAACUGGCCUCGGUGCUGGGAGGGGCGGGCUCUCUAGCGGGGGCCCCAAUACGUACCAGCCCCAAAAUCUUCACCUUUGAUGGGCUCGGCUCCAACGCCCAGCUGGCCCUAUCAUCUGGACCCCAAAGGAAGAGGAGGAGGAGGAGGAAGCGAGUGCUGUUCCCCAAUAGAGGAAGGUGCAGGAGGUCGCCAAGGCAGGAGCACAGCCGGGCGCAGUACUGUCUCUACCUGCUGCUUGCCAUCGUCUUCGUACAGGUAUACAACGCCAUCGAGAACCUGGACGACCACGUUCUCCAAUACGACCUGGAAGGGCUGGAGAGGACACUGAGGCGGGAGGUGUUUGGGCAGCAGGGGGCGGUAGAGGAACUCCUGUCCCAGCUGAAGGACUACCUUUCCACCUAUGUCCACAACAAGCCCCUGGUGGUGUCGCUGCACGGCCCCAGCGGUGUGGGGAAGAGCCACCUGGGCCGACUGCUGGCCGGACACUUCCGCUCAGUGGUGGGGGAGGCGCUGGUGCUCCAGUACUAUGUCCUACAUCACUGCCCUCUGGAGGCCGACGCCCUGCGCUGUGCCCGCGACCUCUCCAUCGUCAUCUCCACGAUGGCGGAACAGGCCGAGGAGGAGGAGAAGAUCCCGCUGUUCAUCUUCGACGAGGCUGAGCACAUGCAUGCGGAAAUCCUGGAUGUGCUGCGGCAGCUACUGGCAGCUCGCCACUCCAAUGAGCACCUGAAUGCCAUCUACCUGUUCCUCAGCAACCUGGGCCAUGCCCACAUCACCAAACACAUGCUGCACAACUCCUCCAGCGUCUCCAUGGCGAUGACGGCAUCUGGACGCCAUACUGGCCUCGUCAAAGAGCUGACGCCGCUGCUACGCAGCAUGUUGGAGGAGCUGCACCCACUGUGGAGGGAGGCGGCCAUCUUGCCCCUGGGCCUCCUGGAGAAAGGUCACGUGAUGGAGUGCUUCUUGGACGAGAUGACCCGGGAAGGCUUCUACCCGGAUCACAUCAACAUUGAGCGCCUAGCAGGGGAGGUCGAAUACUACCCCACGGUGGGGGGACACGAAUAUUCCAAGACAGGCUGCAAGCAAGUGGUGGCGAAGGUCAACAUGCUGUGAAACACUUCUACAACCUCAUGAAGAAAAGGACAAGUAGAUGAUAAUCAAGUAAAAAUUAAAAACUUGAAUUGGACGGUUUGGAGACAGAAAUAAAAGUGGUGCAUUCACUGACAUGUGAUGGCGAGGACAGCUUGAAUCCUGUGAAGAGAUUUUAAGUCAAUAAAGUGUUCAGUUCACUUAAAUCUCUUCUCCAACCUCAGGUGUGGUCUGUUCAUGCAGCUUUAAAUUCCUCCUUCACACACCUAUUAGUGGUGAGGAAAGUGUCUGCAAGCUUCUUCAGAUCUCCUGUUCCAGACAUGAGCAAGGUCGGUGCUCAAUAGCCCAGAUAUUUUACAGUGUUGAAUAACCAAAAACGCUUCAUUCAUCUUUUUUGCACAAUCAUGACCUCUUCUCUUAGCUCUCAAGAUUACAACCAAGGUGAGGGCCACGUAAAUGGGAUAUUGAAGAUUUGUAGCUUUAAUGUUAACAGUGCCUGUUCUUAAGAAUGGACACUAGGCCUUCAACGAGGACAAGCUGCACUUCAUCCUCUUGGGCUGUAUGGAGGGUCGGGCAGCGAUCACCCGGGUCAACAACCUGAUGCUCCGUAUGUACGCCAAAGAGAUGGUGGGCUUUGAAAAGCUCAAAGCCAAGGCUGAAGGUGCAGUACCUCCAGGAGCCGUUGUGGAGGAGACGGAGACAUCCUGCCGUCUCUGGACCACCGCUGAGCGAGUGAUGGACAAGUCUGCGGGGCGUGGAGAUGCAUCCACCCUCCUCCGCCUUCACGUCCCUUCACCUGCCCCCUCCAGCUCACACCUGCCACAUCAUCCUCCAGCUUCACGUGACGAAUACAUGAGGACGUUUUCAGGAGUUUCUGAUUAUUUAACUGAUUGGUUUAUUUCUUCAAAAAGGGUGUUGAAUGAAAAAGUUUGUUUAAAAAAGGCACAGUAUUUAGUGGUCUUGCCUCACAGCAAGAAUGUGCUGGGUUCAAAUACCGGCCGUGACUCGGGGCCUUUCUGUGUGGAGUUGGCAUGUUCUCCCCAUGUCUGAGUGUGUGUGGGUUCCCUCUGGGUUCUCUGGCUUCCCCCCAACCUCGCCCACAACAGCUGGGAUUGGCUCCAGUCCCCCGCGACCCUGAAAAGGACAAGCAGCUUAGAAAAUGGAUGCCUGUU